UGGUUUCCUGUAGGUUUGCCUGAUCAUGACAACUAUAGAGGAUUUCUUAGAGAGGGUGAGGUGGUAGCCCUGUAGAGAGAGUUGUAGCAGUGUUUUUUGCAGGGUUCAUUCAUCUUUAUUUUCCUCAUAUUCCACUUCCUCAGGAACUGGAAGAGUAGGAACAGUGCCCUUGUCCUGUGAGAGCUGUAUGCAUGCUGCCCGGCCUCUCAGCUUCUGCAGCUGUAACUCAUCCCACUUGCUGUCAUAUUUAGCUGUGACUUGCUGAAAGCAGAGUAAUUGGCAGCCUAACUUUUCUUGUAGAAGAAAAAACUGGUCUUUCUCCCUUUGGACCAUGUUGCAAAGGACUGUGCACAUCUGGACUGUGCACAUCUCUACUAUGCACAUCUGGAUUGUGCAGUGCUGGUAAGAGAUGUUACUCAGGUCAGUGCCUGUGGUUUUCUGCUAAUGUGGUCUAGAUGUGACCUCUUUCAUUGUUCAGAUGUCUGCUUCUGACUGUUUUCUUCAAGGCUCUGAGUCAGACACUGCUCAUAGCAGUGCUGUGCUGCAGGUGGAAAAAGAACAUACAGCACUCUUAAUUUUUAAUGCAGGGUCACACAGGUCUAUGGAAAUACAGUUUUGGAAAAAGCAGCCAAAGAAAGCUCUUAACUUGUUUCUCUAUGAUGUCUUAGGAUAAAAUCCAGGUCCAAUCCUGUUCAGUCCUGGUCCACAGCUACGGAACAAUAGCUGUGAGGUCUGUAGGCAGCUCUGGUCAUUCAGCCAAAGGCCUUCCUUUAUCAUCCACAGCACAAAUCAUCUGACUUGUCAAAAAUUGCUGGUGAUCACACUGUAGAACGUGUGUUGGGACUCAUGGGCUGAGUUCUGCAGGCAGCAGAAGAAAGCGUGAUCCUACCAGAAAUACCAGAGAGCUGGACUUGGUUGUCGUCCUGUGUAAACUUGUUGUGAGGUCCCAGGGCAAAAACAAUUCCAAAAAACCUGGAGGAGAAGGUGCAGUUAAACCUUUUCUCCCCAAAAGUUACCAUCCUCUGUUUGUAUUGCUCUUAAAACUUCUAUCUUGACCAACUAUGCUUUUCAUCAGCAAAAGAAUGCCCCUUUUUAUACAACAGGGAACACCCACUGGUGUUCCCAAGGACAUCCCUGCAAGCUGUUCUGCUCCUGAACUUUUCCCUGUAUGACAGACUAGCCACAUUUCCUUUCUGUAAAAUCACGCUUGCUUGGCUCCAAUACUCCUCACAGGGCCAGCAAACCCACCCAGACUUGGCAAUUGUCUUGCAAGAAAUCUGUUGCUGGGCUGAUGUGGUCCAGCAUGGCUUGGGCCAUGUUUCCUUGGCAUCUUCAGAGCCUGUCAGAGGGAAAAAAAAAAACCCAAACCCUAAAAAAUCCCCAGGGCUAUGUCAAACCAGAACAAGGGAGAACUGCUGUCACUCUGGGAAUGUAAGAAACAAAGUUUGCUCCCAAGAACUUGCUGGGGAGGGGGGUUGAAUAAAAUCCCUACUGAGAUGCCUGGACCCAGAUCCAAUUUUCCUAACCGCACAGGGUCAGUCAAAAUUGCAGUCUUUAUGCAGACCCAUAGCUUUCUGAAGCUUAUUUUCAUUCAGUCUGUGUAUCUCAGAAUAAUGUGAAGGUGCUCCUCCUACCUCAGUUGUUGGCGGGGGACGUGGAGCAUCGCAGCAUGAGUGCUGGACCAGGGAAGUGUGCUCUGUUACUGCCCCUCGGGGGAUUGCGCAAGAGCCGCACCCGCCUCUGGUUUGUGUGAACUAUUAGCUGAGUAAUGCAAUCUCCUUUUGAAUGUCCUUCCUGUUCUAGAUCAAGAACGAGACAUGCAUUGGUUAAACGACUUACCCGAGGUCACAGAGUAAGUGACUCAUUGGCAGAGGCAGAAAUUAACACCUGAUAUAUUUAAAUUCCUGCUUCCUAGACCCCACAGCUACUGAUUUCUAGUGCUCUUUCCUCUCCCAGCCUUUAUGCCUCUUGCUCACUGAAGGAUUUGUUACAUGUGCGAUUUCCAAGGUGACAAUAUGACCACUGCCAAGAAAAUGAGAUGCCUGUUCUUUGCUGCAGACAUCUAGUGAUAUACAAAAAAGCUAAAGUUUUUUUUAUUUCUUAUCUUUUUGGAACAUUUUAGCAUGUCAUGCCCAAGCUGAUGCAGUGUCAGCAUGCCUCCAGAAUUGUACAUGCUGAAGGUGUUAACCUGUCCUCUGAUGUUAUUUUCUGUUUUUCUAGAAACAUCUUUGCUGCAGUUUCCCUGAAAUGGGAAUGCUUUGUCCAUACCCCGUCUUAGUACAAUAGCAUAAUUGCUUGCAAAAAAACCCCAAAAACCAGUGGGUGGGUUUUAUAAAUCCCAGUUCAGUGUUCAGCAAGGUAUAACAUCUGUUGUGAUCAAUAUUUUAGAGCAAGCCUCUUUUGAUUAAAAAGUUACAGUAAAGCCUUUUGAUUUGUACUGAAUAGCUAGGUAAUUCACAGGAGUAGCUGUAAUCUCUCUAAACUUCUUGCAUUUCGAAUUAAGAAGAAAUUACAGGGUAAUUCUGUAGAGAGGUAGCAUAGCCAGCUGGAUCGUGUUCCUUAGGAGCUGCUGUACUGGCAAUGAAGUACUUUCUGUUUUUUAAUGGCUCCUGAGGUAUGCUGGAGUCAAAUCCAGCAAAAAUAUUGGUCUCCUUUAUAAUCUACUUUUUAUGAUAAUCUUUCGAUAAUCUGGUGGGUAAAUGCCAGCAGCCAGGGCUGAAGAGUUUUUGGUUUGAUGAGUCCACAGAAAGAGAUUGUCGGGUGCGCGGCCAGCGCGAGGUGCCACAAAGAGUGUGGCCGGAGAUGAGGGUAUUGGUAUGAGCGGCACCUGCCGCCUCAGGGCGGCGGCUCGGCACUGGCCACAGCCCCGGCACGGUCCGGUACAGCCCUAGUACAACCCCAGUACAACCCCAGUAAAGCAGGCACAGUCCCGGUACAGCCCGGCACACCGGGCCCCGGACCGGGGAUGCGCUGACACCGUGGUCCCGGGGAAGCGGCCGCCACAGGACUCGCCCCAGCGCCGCCCGCUGUGGCCACCUCCUGCCGCUUCGGGGGGCCGGGCCGGGCCGGCUCCUCCGCCCCGGCGCUCCGCCGCAGCUGGGGGGGGGCAGCGGGCGGCGGCAGCGCAGGUGGCGGAGCUCCGAGGCCAUGGCCAGCAGUCCCUGCUGGUUCCCGGCGCUGCUGCUGCUGCUGCCGCUGCCACCGCCGGCCCUGCCCCGCCGCGCCUCUGGCUGCGCCGCCCGCGGGCUGUGCUGCCCCGGCCGCGACGCCGCCUGCCUGAGCGCCGGCCGGCGGCCCGACGGCUCCACCGGGCCCUGCUACUGCGACCAGGCGUGCGCUCGCACCCUCGACUGCUGCCACGACUACGCCCAGGCCUGCACAGUGAUCCCCUGUGUCGUAUCUCAGUGGAGUGCCUGGAGUGGCUGCGCAGAGCCUUGUAAGACAACCUAUCGUGUCCGGAUGAGGCACAUCAUUCAGGAGCCCAGGAACGGGGGAGAAGCAUGUCCUGCUCUGGAGGAGAGGGCUGGCUGUGUAGAGUACUGGACUCGGCAAGGAACAGAGUGCCAGCAGUCUCUGAUCCCGGCAUUAAUAACUACAGGAGGGUUUGGAAAAGCGAGGAAGAAAAGAGCUGCAGCUGAUGCCAGUGAAAGGGCAGGGUACUGUGUGGAGUUCCAGCUCGUGGCCACCACGCCGGGCUGCCUGCACAACCACCACUCAUACACUCGCUGGAUGCAUUACCUCAGGGAGGGCCACACCAUCUGCGUGGAGUGUCAGCACCCGGCUCUGCACUCCCCGAGUCAGCAUUGCUAUGGCGAUGGCACCGGCAGCCAAAACCAGCCAGGAGCAUCAGAUGAAGUGAAAUAAAAGAUAUAUUCAGGAAUUCAUUUCCUCAUUGGGCUGCAAAAAGAGGGGAUAACGUCAUCCACCUGAUCUGCUGAAGAGCAGUGUAUGUGGAAUGGAAGCUCCAAAAAAAAGAGCACUGUAUCCUGUGGGAAUGAUCCUCAGAUGCUGGCAGGCUGAAGACUGGAGAGAGGCAGCAAUAAUGGAGUUGGGGUGAGUGGUUCCCUGAAAUCAGGACUCAGCCCACAUCUCAGCAGAUAUUUUAAGUCCAUCCCAACUGAGCAGAGCCUAGAAAUUGUUCCCAGAGUCCUGCUGUAAGAUGAGCUGGUGGGUCCAUGUUGUUAUAGACCUGUGAGAGCCAGCAGGGAAGCCAGCUACUUGAGAGCUCACAUGUUUAAGGAGUAAAGGUAAGGCUGCCGCCCAGAGUUUUGGAGGGUGUGGAAUUGCUCUGUGCAUAGCCAGCUUUGUCUGAAUCCUCCCUGUGCAGAUUCUGGUAUUUUGAAAUGACCCCAAGGCAAGAGGAAAAUAUAGCAAGCCUUUUCCAACCAUGUGUGAUGCAUGAAUCGCAGCUCUCAAGCAUGACACCUCAUUAAGCCAAGGGCAGGCAUAUCUGGAGCAGAGCAAUAAUUCCAGUUUCUGCAGAACUAUAAACCAAGCAGAAGUUAGGGGUCUUUGGGCUAUCUGUGGGCAGCUCUCUGCAUAGGACAAGAGUUGAUCCAGUUGUGGUAGCUGUGCUUCUCCGAUGGUCAGGGCUGGGAGAUACCGAUGUGAGGAAUUCCCUUAAACCACUGAAUGGUAAAAUCUGGGAAGGGGCACAGUGCUACAGAAAAAUGUCUGUUCCUGUCACUGUUAGGUUUUACUUCACAUUGGUACAACCUGUGGGCCUCACUGUGGCUGCUGCUGCUGCUGCUUUACAGUGGUAGAGAGGCAGAACCGGGCCCAUGGAGUGAAAAUGGAUGUUCUCAGACUAAAUGGGAUUUACUGGGUGAUUUAAGCCCUAUUGUACCUCGUGGUGACUGCCCUGCAGUGGAGGUGCAGCUCAUUUUCUCUCACCUUCUCCCUGUAAUGACUGUGUUUCAGGAAUCAGCUGUUGCACUGGCAGGCAGUGGGGAACCAUCGAUGCAAGGGAACCUGGAGGAGAAUUCGCCAGCUGGACACUUGUUCCUGCCCUUC